GUACCUUUCUAUGUAUGGAAAGAGGCAAGAAUCUGGGCUCACUGAAAUCAUUCCUUUGAUGUGUACCUUAGCUAACUUUUCUCCCAUCCUGAGUCCUCUCAGGAUGCACAGUUGGGGGCGGCUGUAGUAGCUGAUGGCUUGAAGGUGUAGACACGUGCAGCCGUCUACACCGUAGGAUCCCACUUCCACUGGCUUUGGACAUUCCCGGAAUUUACAAUGCCGCCGCCUGCAGACAUCGUCAAGGUGGCCAUAGAAUGGCCGGGUGCCUACCCCAAGCUCAUGGAGAUCGACCAGAAAAAACCACUGUCUGCAAUAAUAAAGGAAGUCUGUGAUGGGUGGUCCCUUGCAAACCAUGAGUACUUUGCGCUGCAGCAUGCUGAUAGCUCCAACUUCUACAUCACAGAGAAGAAUCGAAAUGAAAUAAAAAAUGGCACUAUCCUUCGAUUAACCACGUCUCCGGCUCAAAACGCCCAGCAACUCCAUGAGCGAAUCCAGUCAUCAAGUAUGGACGCCAAGCUGGAGGCCCUGAAAGACUUGGCCAGCCUCUCCCGGGAUGUCACAUUUGCCCAGGAGUUUAUAAAUCUGGAUGGCAUCUCUCUCCUCACACAGAUGGUGGAAAGCGGCACCGAACGAUACCAGAAAUUGCAGAAGAUCAUGAAGCCUUGCUUUGGAGACAUGCUGUCCUUCACCCUGACGGCCUUUGUGGAGCUGAUGGACCAUGGGAUAGUGUCCUGGGAUACGUUUUCGGUGGCAUUCAUUAAGAAGAUAGCAAGUUUUGUCAACAAGUCGGCCAUAGAUGUCUCCAUCCUGCAGCGGUCCUUGGCCAUUCUGGAGUCCAUGGUGCUCAAUAGCCACGAUCUCUACCAGAAGGUGGCGCAAGAGAUCACUAUCGGCCAACUCAUUCCCCAUCUUCAAGGGACAGAUCAAGAAAUCCAGACCUAUACCAUUGCAGUGAUUAAUGCACUUUUCCUAAAGGCCCCUGAUGAGAGGAGGCAGGUUGGUGUAGACAGCAGUGUUGACAUCCUUGAUUGUCCUCUGACUGAGAUGGCAAAUAUUUUGGCUCAGAAGCAAUUGCGUUCCAUCAUCUUAACGCAUGUCAUCCGAGCUCAGCGGGCCAUCAACAAUGAAAUGGCACACCAGCUGUAUGUGCUUCAGGUGCUGACCUUUAACCUUUUGGAAGAUAGGAUGAUGACCAAGAUGGACCCCCAGGACCAGGCUCAGCGGGACAUCAUAUUUGAACUUCGAAGAAUUGCUUUUGAUGCAGAGUCUGAACCAAAUAACAGCAGUGGCAGCAUGGAGAAGCGCAAGUCCAUGUAUACCCGGGAUUAUAAAAAACUUGGCUUCAUAAAUCAUGUCAACCCCGCCAUGGACUUUACCCAGACCCCUCCUGGGAUGUUAGCUCUGGACAACAUGCUGUACUUCGCCAAGCACCAUCAGGAUGCCUACAUCCGGAUUGUGCUUGAGAAUAGUAGCCGAGAAGAUAAGCAUGAAUGUCCCUUUGGCCGCAGUAGUAUAGAACUGACCAAGAUGCUGUGUGAAAUCCUGAAAGUGGGAGAGCUGCCUAGUGAGACCUGCAACGAUUUCCACCCAAUGUUCUUCACCCAUGACAGAUCCUUCGAGGAGUUUUUCUGCAUCUGUAUCCAGCUCCUGAACAAGACAUGGAAGGAAAUGAGGGCAACUUCUGAAGACUUCAACAAGGUUGCUUCAUCAGCUCGAUGCCUUGUGUAAGACUUUGGAAAGGAACAUACAGGGAAUUAUCAUCAGUAUGCAGGGUUUCAGCGGUAAGGGAAUGACAGUUCUUGCCUCAGCCCCUUGCUCAGCUGUUCCAUGGAGGUGUUGCCAUCUGACAGGGAGGGCUGCAGCCUGGCACUUUGGGAGCUCACUUCUCUCUUGCGUUGAGCUCAAAGUGAUGAGGGACCUGUCAAGGAGAGCAGUUCACUGGCAUCAUUCCCAGACCUGGAAGCAUAAUGAAAUAAAAUUUCAUUCUGACUUGGUUGGAAUUCUUCUAGCUGAACAUUUGAGAUAGCAUCUGGGGCAAUUCUAACAUCCAAUUGCCUGGUUGGAAUGAAGCACCCAUCAGCUAUUGGCUUUCAUUCAGUCAGAACCUCUCGGGACAAAUCAUUUCUAUCUAGGGCCAGCUCAGCCCAGAGGUCCCAGCAGGUGAUGCAGAGCCUGCUCCUGUCUAACGGGCCAGUAAAGUGAAAUCUGCAUUUCAAAAGCUUUAUCGUUUGCAAAGAGUGAUUUCAAAGCAGGAAGUGUCUGAAAGUCACCGACACUGGUACUCCCCCAGACUCCUCAACAUUAAGCCUUUAAUUUGAGACUCGGGUUUGGGGGGUAUUAUGCUGGUACUGUCCAUUGGUACUCUUUCUAGUAUCCCAAAGAGUGGAAGCAGGGCCACACCCCUCCAGCUAUAGAGAGUGCUCGGGUUUGAGGGGCAAAAGCCCUCACUGAUUCCAUGAGCCAGGCUCAAAUGCCUUUGCAAAUUAGACCCAACAAGCUUUGCAAAGACCACCUUAUGGACCAUCCCUGUCCAUACUGAGUUUUCCAAGCACUAUGUAGAUGAUUAUUUUACCUUUAUGAAUCCUAGUUUUCCUUAUCUGUUAAAAUAGAAGUAAAGAUGCAUAACUCACAGGGCUGUUGAAUGAAAAUUAGAGUGAUGCCUGUGUGAGUGGUUAGUAUGCUAUAAUGCACUACGUAAGGAGAAAACAGUAUGAUUAUACUCCUUGGGUGGAAGCCAUUUAUUUUUCAUAUCUCAUAGAAUUUCUAGCUCAAAACUCUUUGGCUAUGGGAGAUUCUCUACUUGGACAACCAGGGAGCUUGCUGUCUGCUCUCGGGUCAUUCUCCUUAAACCACAGAGGCUAUCCCAGCUCUGCUCGUGCUGGAGGCCACCCAGAAGAGAGCACUGCCCUUAGAAGUGCUCUAAGUGUUGUUUGUUGUUUAGUCGCUAAGUUGUAUCCAACUCUUUUGUGAUCA